AGAGAGAGAGAGAGAGAGAGAGAGAGAGAUGUAGAUUGACUAUAUUUGUUGUUUGAAUAACGUUAUAUUUGUUAUAAUGUUAUUAUUUUUUACUUGCUGUGCUUUGGUAAUGUAAACGUACGUUUCCAAAGCCCUAUGAUUCUAGAUCACCGAUCUCUAGAUCGACGGUUCUCUAGAUCUUUUAGAAACUAGAUCGACCAUCUCUAUAUCGACGACCGCUAGAUCGACGGGACUCUAGAUCAACGGUAGACUCUAGAUCCUAGAUCAACGGUGGACUCUAGAUCCUCUAGAUCGACGGUUCUCUAGACUAGAGCGACGGUACACUAGAUCAACGGUUGCCUACUCUAGAUCCUCUAGAUCGACGGUUUUCUAGAUCGACGGUCCUCUAGAUCAAGGGUAGCCUACUCUAGAUCCUCUAGAUCGACGGUCCUCUAGGACCAUGCGGUCGAUCCUCACUCCCACCACUGCGUUGCACCUCGCUCCCCGCUCAUCUCUCUGCUGGUUCGGUUCUCACGGUGCCACAGUCCGGGAAACAGGGGGUACUCUGUAGGCUACCGUGACAACAUGUAGGCCAGCCCACCCAGAGGACGGUGCCAGUGUUCCCCCGACAUGGGGGUUGAAGAGGCGAUGCUCCUCAGUGUGUGUGGACCGUAACGAUACGUGACUCUAUCUGGACGGUGCAGCAGCCUAUCGGUGUGUGUGUGUGUGUGUGUGUGAGAGGGGAAACUAACAGCCAGAUGGUGAGAACCGAGGAGUGUGUCGCCUCGUAGGAGCGCACAGCGCAGUGUGUGUCGCAGAGCGGUGGUGUGGACGCCGAUGGACCCCCGGCUCUCUUUCCCCUCGGAAGGUGAGACCCUCCGGUAGCGGUGCCGUGAGACCCCCCGGUGUGUCCCGCCGCGGACAGAAUCGCGCCACGAUGACAUCACAGGGGCCGCUGCAAGGAGCCUGAUGCCCGCAUGCAGACCCCGCUGAGGGGCCCCUCCAGUCCCGCGGGCCCCCAGCUCUGAGCCAGGAGAACCAUGGACAGCAGACCCCGCCAGUGGGGCCCGCGUGAGGAGGUCCAGUCCGUCCCCCAGAGACUCUCUCCCCCCUGGGCACAGGGAGGAGGAGGAGGAGGAGGAGGAGGUGAGGCCUCCUUCAAGCACAACAACGGUCUCAUAAACACUGUGGAGCCCCGGCCCCUGAUCUAUGCGGCCCCCCACUACCAGCUCAACGGGGCCCCUGGGGUGGCGGCCCCCCAGCCCCUGAACCCCUCCGCCCUCCCCCACGCCCUGGGCCCCUGCGCCGCCCCCCCUGGCCUGCUGCUCCGGGCCUGGGUGGGGGACGGGGCGGGGCUGGACUCCUGCGAGACCACCUUCAUCGAGGGCCUGGCCGACCCCUUCCUCUGCUCCUCCUCCUCCUCCUCCUCCAAGGAGGCGCUGGUGUUCGCCGACGGGCGGUUCCUGGAGGUCGCCGGGGACGACGGUAGGAUCCAGGCGCUGUCGUACGAUGUCGCCGACGACGACGACGAGGAAGACGAGGACGAUGAAGACUUCGAUGAGCUGGAGAGCGACUACACCAGCGAGUCGGAGAGCGAGGACGCCUUCCUGCUGACCCCGCCACGGGAGCACCUGGGCCUCAGCGUCUUCUCCAUGAUCUGCUGCUUCUGGCCGCUGGGCAUCGCCGCCUUCUACCUGGCCCACCAGACCACCAAGGCCGUGUCUAAAGGAGACCUCCACGCAGCCAGCUCCAGCUCCAGGCGGGCCCUCUUCCUGGCCGUGCUGUCAAUCACAAUCGGGACCGGGAUCUACGUGGGCGUGGCCGUGGCCCUCAUCGCUUACCUCUCCAAGAACCACCACCUGUAGGCUCCUCUCCCCGGCACAGGGCUCCUCCCCCCACUGUAUGGCUCCUCCCCCCAGAUCCAGCCGCUGGAGUGGGUCCCAUGGAAGACCUUCAACCAAUCACCUGGUGGUCCUGGACCCUUCUCAACAUCCAGUUCACACACAUACACACACACACACACAAAGUAACACACACUGUAUCACACACACACACACACACACACACACACACACACACACACACACACACACACACAGAAACACACACAGUAACACACAGUUGCACACAGUAACACACACACAAACGCACAAACACUUAGCAAUAGACACAUGCAUUCAAGUGCACAUGUGCACGCAGAGAUCUGAGAUUUACGUCUUGAUUAUUGGUCCAUUGUGGAAGUAGAAGACAACUGGUCCAAACUGUACUGUUCCAAACUGUACUGGUCCACUGAAGAGGACACUGGUCCAUUCUGUACUGGUCCAAACUGUUCUGGGCCAUACUGUACUGGGCCAUACUGUACUGGGGCCCCCUCUCGGGAAUACUGGGAAUGCUGACAGUCCCAUCAGUACUGGACCUGUUGGGAGUGGACUGGGUGACCUGGACAAACCCUGAACAGAAGACUGUUGGAACGAUGGUUAAGAUGGACUGGUAAUAACCAUGGUAUUAUGGGAUGGCAGCUCUCUCUGAGAGCUGCUCAAUGUUUCAGAGGUCAGCACACAGACAAUACUUUACCCUCAGUGCAUGGUGUGGGAGUGAGUGUGUAAGUGCGUAUGUUUGUUUGUGUGUGUAUGUGGGUCUGUAUGUGUGUGUGUGUGUGUGUGUGUGUGUGUGUGUGUGUGUGUGUGUGUGUGUGUGUGUGUGUGUGUGUGUCUAUGUUUCUGUGUGUGUGUAUUAACACCUGUGCUCAACAAAUCCUGAAUCGAAUUCGCUAAACUCAACCAAUCACAGAAGGGGAUGGUUAUUGUUGUUCUUUGGUUUUAUUUAUUCAUUUAAGUUUUGCUAAUUUGGUUAAAAUCAGGCCAACGGUUAUGUUAGAAUUAUGGUCUGUCUGGCCAAUCAGGUAACACGCUAUUUGGACCUGACCAAUCAGAGUUCUGAGGACAUUUAUGUUCAGUGGUGGUUUGUCCAUAGCGCCAGAAAAAGUAUAAAUGGCUGACGGCUAAAAGCUACGUUUAGCACCAAGCUAGCCCUUGAUGCUGAUGACCUGAGCCACUGCAAGCAUCUACAAAGACAUGACAGGACGUCAUCAUAUUACACUGACCUAAAUGACACACUUUUUAAGAUUGUGAAACAGUUAGUCAAAGAGUUAUUCCUCAACUGUCAAAGAAUUUUGUGUUUUUUGUCGGAACCGGGAGGUAAGGUUGCGUAUGUCUGGAUCCGAGCGACUUCCGUAGUGCGUCUGAUCGGACGGGCCGAGGCGUGUCGUCGUCCCACGGAGCCGGGGAGCACAAGCGAGCUCAGAGUCCGAGUGCUUCAGCGGUUGGGCUAGCAUGGAGGAGGUCCUCACUUACAGAGCUCCUCCUCUGUAAGGGGAGCUCCGCCCUGCCAGGUGUGAGGAGGAGUCAACACGCGCUCACCGCUUACCAUCAGGUAAACCCCAGGACUGGUCCCAGGUGGAGAUGUAUAUUUUGAUGAUAUAUUUGGCAGCUGUAUUUACAGAUUGGUCUACAAAGGGCUGUAUUCAACAGAUCAAUAUAUUGAACACCAUCCAUUCCACAACACGCCAAACUGUUCCGUCAAAUAUCUCCAGGUGUACUUUUGUCGAUUUCAACACAAGCUUAUUUGUAAAAAAAAAAAAAAAAGAAGAAAAAAAAAAACGAAACUCAAUGGACACAUCACGGCAUGCUACUGGAGAACGUCAGUUUACUUGUUCAUCUUUAAAUAACUGUAUGCUUGUUUUCCGUUCAGUGGUACCAUUAAACAUCUCAUUGUCCAA